UACGCUAGCCAGGUGUAAUAGCUGUUGGAGAGUACUGUGGCCUACAUGGAUAAGAUGCAGUCGGACAGGAUGGCUGAAGAAGACUCGAACAAGGAUAGGCCAAAACUGUACGGGGAGUACCUGGAGUUGUCGGGUCUGUUGAAAUGCCAGACUAUGACCAGUGCAGAGGCGGGAAAGCCGGUACAUGACGAACAUCUGUUUAUCAUAACACACCAAGCGUAUGAAUUAUGGUUCAAGCAGAUUCUGUUUGAGCUGGACUCUGUGCGAGACAUUUUCACAGCACCGGUACUGGAUGAAGGUAAAACACGACACAUCAACAACCAACUUGGCCGCAUUACACUGAUACUAAAGUUAUUGGUUGACCAGUUUCUUAUCCUGGAGACAAUGACACCGCUAGACUUUUUAGAAUUUCGAACACAUCUUGCCACUGCCUCUGGAUUUCAAAGUCUACAAUUCCGCUUGAUUGAAAAUAAACUUGGUCUAAAAGAGGAGAGUCGUGUGAAGUACAACCAGCAACAUUACAUGAAGGUUUUCAAUGACCCCGAAAACAUUGAACAGCUACAGGACUCCAUCACCAGUCCCUCGCUACUUACACUGGUCGAGCGUUGGUUGGAAAGAACUCCUGGACUGGCGAAAUCAGAGUUCCACUUUUGGGAGAGGUACCAGAAUGCCGUCACCCGCUGGUUGGAGGACCAAUGGCUACAACCAGCUACGGAGGAAAGCGAUCCUCAAGUGAAGGAAACACUAAUGGCAGAAUAUCAGAAACAAAAGGACAGUUUUGACACUGUGUUUGAUCCGGAGAAACAUCAAAAAGCUAUGGAACGAGGUGAAAGGAGACUAAGUCACAAGGCUUUUCAGGGUGCCUUGAUGAUUUCGCUGUACCGAGACGAGUCACGUUUCAACCAACCGUUUCAUCUCCUCACGCUUCUUGUGGACAUUGACUCCCUCAUGACAAAAUGGAGAUAUAACCACGUGAUGAUGGUACAGAGAAUGAUCGGCAGUAAAGUGGGCACGGGCGGAUCAUCUGGAUACCACUACCUUCGCUCAACAAUCAGUGACAGAUACAAGAUUUUCCUUGAUUUGUUCAACCUGUCUACUUUCCUCAUUCCCCGUGAUUACAUACCACCACUUACAUCAACAAUGAAGAGAACGCUGAGCUCCGUCCUUAGCGACGAUUGCAUAGAGGACGAGGUCAGGACCAGAAAAGAGUAUUCUACAUAAGUAUUUCGCACAUGUACUGCGAUAUAGGAUAC